GUGUGGUGGUGGUGGGGGGUUGUGGGUGUGUGUGUAAAAGUGAGUCAGGGAAGUCUGUGUGUGUCUCUGUCUGCCUGCGAGUCUGGUUGUGUGUGCUGCUUGGCGUAGCGCAGUGCUCAUGGAGAAGAUGCAAGACGGCCGUGGUGUAGUGCGUCCUCUUCUUCUUCCGGACUACCUCGGUCGUGCCAUGGUGGAUUUGUGUUUGCACCCUUGAGACGAUUAGAGAGAGCAUCGAUUGUAAGUAUUACGCUCCUUCUCUACGCCUUCUUCCGGCCCCGAGCGGGCGCGCUGCGGAAGGAAGAAGAGGAGAAGAGAUUCUGUUGAGCAUAGUCUUGUGCUCAAGUGCACAGAGAGAGAGAGAGAGAGAGAGAGAGAGAGAGAGAGAGAGAGAGAGAGAGAGAGAGAGAGAGAGAGAGAGAGAGAGAGAGAGAGAGAGAGAGAGAGAGAGAGAGAGAGAGAGGAUGGGUGGUCCACAGCUGGAUACGUUUAAGUCUGUGUUAGCGAAUGCAGAGGACGGAAUGGGAGGUUUGGACAUGGGAUCGGAGGAGGCGAGCGUUGUGCACAGGCCGGUGGUGGCAGAAGAGUCACUUGCAUCCAGCAUCACGCGGCAGAAAGUUGCAGCAGCAAAGCAGUACAUUGAGAACCAUUACAAGGCCCAAAUGAAGAGCUUGCAGGAGCGCAAAGAAAGACGAUGGACUCUGGAGAAAAGACUAGCUGACGCAGAUGUCUCAGUUGAAGAACAACACAAUCUUCUCAAGGAUCUGGAGCGCAAAGAAACCGAGUAUAUGAGGUUGCAACGGCACAAGAUGGGUGUCGAUGAUUUCGAGCUGCUUACUAUCAUUGGAAGAGGAGCUUUUGGAGAGGUGAGGCUCUGCAGAGCCAAGGCCACCGGACACGUCUAUGCCAUGAAGAAGCUAAAGAAAUCAGAAAUGCUCAGCAGGGGUCAGGUGGAACAUGUCAGAGCAGAACGAAAUCUUCUGGCAGAGGUUGACAGUCACUGUAUAGUCAAACUUUACUACUCCUUUCAGGAUCAAGAUUUCCUUUACUUGAUUAUGGAGUACCUUCCAGGAGGAGACAUGAUGACUCUUCUCAUGAGGAAGGAUACUCUCACAGAAGACGAGGCACGAUUCUAUGUUGCCCAAAGUGUCAUGGCCAUACAGUCCAUACACAAGCACAACUACAUUCACAGGGAUAUUAAACCAGAUAACCUACUGCUCGACAAAGACGGGCACAUGAAACUGUCUGACUUCGGUUUGUGCAAACCCCUCGACUGUUCCUCUCUGUCCACUUUGCACGAGAAUGAGCCAAGCACAGAUGAGGAGUUUAGGGAGCCCAUGGACAUAGAGCAGCGGUUGCAGAGCACUUCUAUGAGCGGGCCGUAUCGUAGUCAGCAAGAACAGCUUCUACAUUGGCAGCGGAACAGGCGUAUGCUGGCCUAUUCCACAGUCGGUACACCAGACUACAUUGCACCUGAAGUCCUCCUGAAGAGGGGAUAUGGACAGGAAUGCGACUGGUGGUCAUUGGGAGCUAUUAUGUUCGAAAUGCUUGUUGGCUAUCCACCUUUCUACUCUGACGAUCCCAUGAAUACUUGUCGGAAGAUUGUGAACUGGAGAACCUACUUGAAAUUCCCUGAAGAGGCAAAGUUGUCCCCGGAAGCUAAGGACCUAAUUUGUAGACUGCUCUGCGAUGUGGAACACAGACUUGGUGGUGAUGAAAUCAAGCAACAUGCUUGGUUCAAGAACGUACCAUGGGAUAGACUUUAUGACAUGGAGGCUGCGUUCAAGCCAGAAGUCAACGACGAGCUUGAUACUCAGAAUUUUGAAAAGUUUGAAGAGAUUCAACCCCAUCCCCAUCAUACUUCUAGAUCAGGACCAUGGAGAAAGAUGUUGACUUCGAAGGAUGUGAAUUUUGUGGGAUACACAUACAAAAAUUUUGAUGUAUUCAAGGGAAUGCACGCUCCUGUUGAGCUGAAGAGAAAACCACAACCUAAGAGACCUUCAAUUGUCUCAUUAUUUGAACAACCAGCGACUGUAGGAGCCGUUAACAGUCAUCAUGAUGAUGGAGCAGAGUGUAUACCCACGCAAAUGGACAUAGCAGGUGGUCAAGGACCUGAUAGCAUGUCAUCAUCUUCGUCUGUACUUUACAGACCAGCUCAAAAUUUUCCUUAUGGGGAUAACAGCAGGUAGGAUGGUAGAUAUAGAGAGCACUUAGCUGGACAUUGGUAUAGCAAUCGAGGCCCAAAGGGAGCGAAGCUUGUAUACUAGAGGAGACUGAAUCUGUGGAAAGUAGUACGAGUGUUGGAGGCUAGUGGUGUUUAUUAAUGCUUGGAAAUGGUCCAGUCCAGUUGCUGGAUGUAUAGAUUGCAUGCAUAUGUUUUGUAGCGUUCUAGCUUAGCUGGGAAUAGUUAUUUGAGACUCCUUUCAUUGCCUAGUGCCUAGUGCCUUGUGUUAGUACAAUAAGACUGUUUUUCAAGAAAGAGUUUCAGCCCUCACUUAGAAAGCCGGCGGUGACGGGGAACAAGUCAUCUUACAGGCGCUUAGUGCUUUACAAAGGAUAUAAAAUGGCACGACAGCGUGUACACUCCGUGUUUAAAUCUGAUAUGCUUGUAUCGGUUGUAAUACCUAAAGGCAAGUAGUACAGUUCAGGGUCAGUUUGUGUAGGAAACAUCACAAGAAUAGUGGUGUUCUUUCAAGUGAGCAACUGGAAGGAGGCGGCUACUUUUCGGGUUUACCCUCGGACAUUGGAGAGCGGACAGGAGUGAAUGGUACACAAUGAUUCAUCAACGUUAUAAUUUACAGUGUAUUUUUGCCGUUCCACCAGAAUGGGACUUGAACGUGACCUGUGCAUGAAUGGUAAACCCUCCGCUCUGCACUUUUUUUGUGUAAUUAGCUACUACUUGAGAUUCACAGGUGCAAAUUAACAUUCUGAGCUCCAAGCGUGGUGACACACUAGGUUUUGUUGGAUGGACAUUUUGUCUACCAGCUCUGCGUGGUCUCUUCACAGGCAGAAGAUUGUUCCAUGCUCACAAGAAUGUAGAAGUUUGCUACAAAUAUUGCAGUUUCAACCCGCGGUCUUCGAGUUUAGUAUAGUGCCGGGAAAGGUUGACCCUAGUUGAGUGUUCAAGUGCUGUCUCCGAAGAGGUUAGUGUUAGGCAAUCUUCGAGCUGAACUGUGACACAAGAUGGAUCAUCGAAGUAACUGGUUUUUUUUUAUUUCU